AUGACUGUGAUAUCUCCAGCAAGAGUAUAUACCCCCAUUAUGCACAGGCUAUGCACAACUUGCAGACGCUGGCUUAUGAAGAUAUACUUGAAGUCUGUAUCAAAUCGCUUAGAGGCAAUUAAAUUCUUGUCCAACGGCUGGAUGGUGUGUUUUGGAUCGUCAGUUGUAACAAAAUGCAGCAAUUCGGCGAGGUUGAAGCCAGGAACUUUUUUAAUCUUGAUAUCAUUUGGUGUGGACAGACCAAAAGUUCAAAAAAAGGGGCAAAAAAGGAAAUACAGUUUGUGCCGGGCCUCCCCCGAGUGCCGUCUAUGUGGUCACUCUAACCAGACUCCUGAACAUUUCCUUGUUGAGUGUCCUCUCGUUUGGCAAGUUUGGACUAUGGCUAUGCAUAUGUGGAUACCACACUGGCGAGCCCAACCGUCCACAAUCCUUCGUGCCUUUUAUGCUCUCGCCCUCCCUCCCUCCCCUCCUCAUAUUGACUCAUACCAUGUUUUGGAUGGUGUUCUUGCCGCAGUGUGGAAAGCGUACUGGCACACAAUUUUUGACGAUGUGCCUUUUGUUCCUGCCAAUGGGGACGACGUUUCCAGAUGGGAGACGACGUUUUCAAGUCGGAGACGACAUUUUGAUUUUACCGGACCACAAAUCGUGACUUGCUUUCCGGCAUCAAAUAACUACAUCUGGUCCCUAAGGAUUCAUACUUAUCAUAAUAAAGAUACUUUAAUGCAAGACAAGAUAAUGGCUUUGGCUAAAUGUAAAAGCAUCAUAAGAGCAAAUGUUCAAUAA